AUGGGAAAUUGCAUAGUAAUUGUUCAAAAUGAUAAGAAGAAGGUCCUUGAAUAUAAAGCUCCAAUGAAGGUCCCUGAAGUGUCACCUCUUUUACCAGAGCCACAGACAAAACAUGUCAAAAAGAAGGUGAGGUUUUCUGAUGAAGCAGUUAAGGAAAGUAGCAAAGGUUGUUCAGAGGUUGUAAGAAUUAAGGUUGUUAUCACAAAGCAAGAGUUGCAAGAUCUUUUAAAUGAAGGAGGAUUAAGACUUGAUGAUGGCAUGUUUCAGUAUCCUCUUCAGAAAGAACAAAGCUCUAUCGAUGAGAUUAAUAGUAGUAGUUCUUUCACUGAUAUUGACACUAAUGAUUGUAUAGGAUGGAAGCCUGCUCUAGAUAGCAUACCUGAAUUAGACUAG